CUCUCUCCCCUCCACAAAGCCGUCAGUCACUGAGUCAACGGUGGUGGAGCAGAGCGGAUCCAGCUUUGGAACCAGAACCAUGGAGUCUGCGGUGGCGAGCGCCUUCCUGAAGAGCGUGAUGGGGCGGCUGUUCCAGGUGCUGGAGAAGGAGUACAACAAGCAGAAGGGCCUCAGGCAGGACACUCUCUCCAUCCAGCAGGACGUCCGCAUGAUCGCCGCCGCCAUGGACGACCGCCUCCACGCCCUGGGUCGUGGCGAGCGCCGCACCGCCGUCGCCAGGCUCUACAGCGAGGAGAUGCUCGGCCUGGCGCACGACGCCCAGGACUGCAUCGACCGCAUCGUCCACCGCCUCACCUGCAGGCCCCGCGUUGGCGGCGGCGGAGGCGGAGGAGGAGCGGCGCUGAUCCGCCGGGUCGCCGCCGUCGCCCACGAGCUGAGGAAGGUCCAGAGCCGCUCGGGCUUCGCCGACGAGAUCCGCAAGCUCAAGGCCCGCCUCAAGCUGGCGCACGAGCGCGUCGUCGGCAUCCCCAUCACCGCCGCCAGCUGCUGCCACGAAAUUGCCGCGGCGGCGCCCUCGUGUCGCUUCGCGCGCAAUCCGGUGGGCAUCGAGAGGCCCGUGGAGGAGCUCCUGUCGAUGCUGGACGAGGUGGAGGGCGAGCCGGAGCAGCUGAGGGUGAUUUCCGUGGUGGGGUUCGGCGGCCUGGGGAAGACCACCCUCGCGAGGGCGGUGUACGAGGACCCUCACGCCGUGGAGAAAUUCCAUUGCCGUGCUUGGGUUGCCGCCGGUCGGUGGUCGCCGGAGGUCACCGGCGACGGGGUCACUGAGAUCCUGCGCGAUGUACUCCAGCAAGUUCGCCCCAAAGACGCCAUGGAUGUUGUUGUUGCUGAUGAUGGCCAACGUAUUGAAGCCUUGCUCAAGGAAUACCUCACGGAUAAGAGGUAUUUAAUUGUCAUAGAUGACAUUGGGAGGGAGCAAUGGAGCACUAUAAAUUCCAUCUUUGAAAACAAUAGCAAAAGCAGCAGAAUCCUACUGACCACAACUAUUCAGUCAACAGCUAAUAUCUGCAGCCAUGGCAACGGUUAUGUGUACCAAAUGAACACACUUGGUGAAGAGGACUCCAAGAAAAUUGCUCUUCAGGAGGUACGGUCACCUGAGCUGGAGCAGGGGUCCAUGACGCUGCUGCAGAAAUGUGGUGGUCUUCCACUUGCUCUCGUCAGUGUCUCCGAUUUCCUGAAAUGCUCAGGUGAGCCUACGGGGGAGCGAUGCGCAGAGCUAUGCCGUAACCUGGGUUCUCAUCUGAGAGAGAAGUAUGGCCAUGACAAUUUCGCGGAGCUAAGAAAGGUGCUGAUGCAUAACUAUGACAGUUUGUCUGUGCAUGCUAUGACCUGCUUGCUAUAUCUUGGUGUAUUCCCAAACAACCGUCCCCUCAAAAGGAAAGUUGUUAUCAGGAGGUGGUUAGCCGAAGGAUAUGCACGGAGUGAUUCUCUUCGUAGCGAGGACGACAUUGCGGACGAGACUUUCAAGGCACUUGUCGACCGGAAUAUCAUACAGUCCAUUGAUACAAGGAAUAAUGCGCAAGUGAAGACGUGCAUGACUCAUGGCAUCAUGCACGAGUUCGUGCUGCACAAGUCCGUGUCACAGGGGUUCAUCGCGACAUCGUCUCGUGAUCAUCCAAGACCCCAUGCCUAUGUUAAUAAUGCCUGCCACCUUUCUAUCCAUGGUGGCAAUGUGACAGAUAGUGAGGCCUCCGACGAGGAUUUAUCUCGUGUUCGGUCUCUGACAGUCUUUGGAAAAGCAGGUGAUGCUAUUUCUUAUGUUCGUAAGUGCAAACUGCUACGAGUCUUGGAUCUGGAAGAAUGCAAUGAUCUGGAAGAUAGUCACCUCAAACACAUAGGCAAGCUAUGGCAUCUAAAAUAUCUAAGUGUUGGGGGCAGUAUUGCGAAGCUUCCGAGCAGCAUCGAUGGACUGCAUUGCUUAGAGACCCUGGAUUUAAGGAGAACCAAGAUAAAGACAUUGCCCAUAGAGGCCAUUAUUCUGUACCACUUAGCUCAUCUGUUCGGAAAGUUUACAGUUGACAAAGAUGAUCUGAACAAUGCAAACAAGAUGAGCAAAGCAAUGAAGUUCUUGUCCGGAAACAAGAGCAACCUGAAAACUUUAGCUGGAUUUGUCGCAAAAGAGAUGCGAGGGCUUCUUCAACUGAUGGUUCACAUGAGAAAUCUGAGGAAGGUCAAGAUAUGGUGUGGGCCAGUUGCAAAUGGAAGUAACUACGCCAGUGAUCUUUCCAAGGCCAUUCAGGAAUUCACCAAGGUCCCCAUGGACAAUGUGGGUGCCCGUUCUCUAUCACUUGAUUCAGAAGAAUGUUCUCAAGACUUGCUGAGUUCGCUUGCUUUUGAGCCAUGCCCUGAAGAUUCCAAAUAUGAUGUAAGGUCACUGAAGCUACGUGGCAAGCUACUCCAGUUACCCCCAUUUGUUACCUUGCUGUCAGGUCUCACUGAACUGUGUAUUUCAUCAGCUACUCUGACACGGAAUCUUCUAUCGUCUCUGAUCAAUUUGAGAAACUUGCUUUAUCUCAAGUUGAUCGCAAGUGAGCUUGAGAAAUUUGAAAUGAAAUCAGGGGCAUUCCCAAGCCUGCGGCGUCUGUGCUUUGCAGUGCAAAGUUUCGCUUCAUCUCUGCCAGCAAUCGAACAAGGAGCUCUGCCGAACCUUGUCUCACUCCAUCUGCUCUGCCCAGGUCUAGUUGGUCUUUCCGGCAUCCAAAUCAGACACCUCAGACAUCUCAAGGAGGUCAUGGUUGACUCUGGAGUGCCUGAUCAAACACGACAAGACUGGGAGCAAGCAACAAAGAACCACCCAAAUAGGCCGAGACUCGUGUUGCACAAAAGUGGUGUUCGAGUGGAAACCGAAGGCCCGGGGAAUGAAGAAGCUUCGGCUGUGAGGGAGAAGCGGAAAAUAUGUGUAGUCCAACCAAGUUCGGAUGAGGGACUGGAUUCCAGUCUCAAGAAGAUGAGACUUUCAUCAGAUUCUUCUUCGCGGCUUCAAGUGAUUGUUCAGUCCACUUCCUCAUCUGGUCACUGAGGCAGAUGGCAGUGCUACUUCAGUGAAGCAAACUGCUACAGUGAUGAUUCAGUCUGGACACACAAAUCAGAAACAGAAUAGAUGAUGAGCUGCCGGUGUAUUGUGUGGUUUUCUAUUGUUACAAAGUUCACCAUGCUGCAAAUUGUAACAUAAUCUUUGUUUCCAUGUCUGAUCCACCACUUGCAACUGUAUAUCCACAACUUGCAAGAAACAGAACAGGGCAAAAGCUAGCAUUAUAGCGUCUGUUCUUCAGAAACUAACAAACAGCUACUUGCUGGUUAAGUCCUACGCCCACUACACUGCCUUACCGAAAAAGGGUUUCCCCCCGCUUUGUAUUCCAAAGCACCAACUGCACGGCUUUGCGACAGAGCUCAUGAAUGCCUUCACGACUUCCGUGGAGGCAUCUCUCUGGAGCAAGCACACGGUGUAUUCCAUGACAGCGGCAUUGCAGGGCAGCAUGAUCCUCCUGUCAUCGCCGCCUGCAAAGCCGAACUCCUCCUCGGACAUCGUCAGCAGCUCGCAGAAGAUCAAUGUCCCAAGGUAUGCUAGCGGCACCUCGAACCACACCCUGUCAGCGGUGUACACAACACAGUGGUCCUUCAUUGCCACUGAUGGCGAUGUGGCGCAGUACUCGUCAUUGGCUGCUCCUUUCGCCACUGUCGUGGUCCGGAUGUAGUGGUGCCGCUUUAGCUUGUGCUUUCUGGAUGAACUGAAGUGAUGAAGUGAUGGUGGUGCCGUGGUGCUAAGCUGAUGAAUUUAUAGGCGAGGGAGAACAAUGCAGUUUAGGUCCAGCUACCAUGACAAGUUGGGAAGGUACAGAGCCAUGAGCUCAGAAAAUGCAAUGCUGUAAGUGCAAGGGCAAGUAGUGUGAUCUUGAUUAGAUUUCUCUGGGGCCAUCUGUUUGCCACUUGUUGUGAACGAUGCUUUUGGCUAUGCUUGGACAAUACAGUAUGCUGCCAUAUUCACCUGAUUUAGUGGCAAGCAUAAGAAGCAUAUAAUGGAAUGUGGGGACCAUGUGUAGAUUGUGUCCAGUUCUGUUUGUGAUUGUGCAAUGAGAUACCAACUAAUUUUUUUGGGUGCUUGGUAAUAUCAUAAUGAUAAGAAGUACAAUAUUUAGCGGUCCCUUAAAAGAAGUCCUAUAUAGAGUGGCCCCUGAGAUGGAGAUAUCUAGUCUGACAGUUGUUCAUGACUUCAUUCCCAUCACAAAUCAUUGUUGAGCAACUUGCUUGAUCGAAAAUCUUCCUUU